UCCUCUGGCUUUGCAGUUAAUUUCUCACUGUACGCUUCGUUUUCUUCUGAUAUUCCUUCCGAGACCUUGUCACUUGUAUACAAACCAGAGCGAUUCAGCACUCUCUGACUCUUAUCUCUUCUAAAAAACCCUAAAUCUUCACUAAAGAUUGGGUCUUUGACAUCGUGUCUGUACAGCACCAAGAUAUAUAUGUUCCUGCAGUAACGAUGGAUUGGUUCGGGAGUUUACCGGACGAGGUUAUUUGCUAUAUCUUGUCUUUCCUUACGACAAAGGAGGCUGCUUUGACAUCGGUUCUCUCCCAGAGGUGGCUCAAUUUGUGGACACUUGUCCCUAAUCUUGACGUUGAUGACUCUGUCUUCCUUCAUCCUGAAGAGGGCAAGCGUGAAAGGGAUGGGAUGCUUCAGAGCUUUAUGGAUUUUGUGGAUAGAGUAUUGGCAGUGCAGGGUGGUGAUUCUCCCGUUAAGAAAUUCUCCCUCAAGUGUCAGACUGGUAUUGAUAAGGGUUUAUUACACCACGAUGUGACAGACAAAUGUGGGGAUGCUUGUGACUGCAUUUCUCGGGAGGAUAAAGGUCGUUCGCCCUUAUCUUGUCCAGUGAAGAAGUUGCAGGUUAGAGGGUUUCGAGGAACAGUUAGAGAGAAAGAGAUGAUAAGGCAUUUCUUGGAGUAUUUCCCGUGUUUGGAUGAGAUGGAGAUGGAUGCCGAAGAGAAUGAUUCUACAAACUUUGAAGUACCUAGACUUCUAAAAGUUCUUGCAUAUAAGCUCCACGAUGUGGUCUCGACAGAGGUAGUUAGACAUUCUAAGAUUUGGGUACGGUCUGGGAGUUGUUCCGAGACCCAGAUGGAUGAUAUCUACUCUGAGUUCGCUCCCCGCAAUAAAGAGUGUAUCUACGAUAUGUUCUUCAUAAUGCGUAGAGCUUCUUCCCCGGUACCUCCUCCUCUGCGAGAAGAGAUGUCUGAUCAGGGCGACCUUCAAAUGCAACUAGAUGCUGCUAACGCCAAACUUGCGGAUCUUAAGGAGAGGCAACAGGAACAAGAAGCUCAGCGUGCAGGCUACGAAGCUCAGAUGGCGGGCUACGAAGCUAUGUUCGAUAUAAUUGUCGACCAGAACCCAUUGCUAGAAUCAGCGUGGAGGGAUCGAGAGCGAGCAAAGGCGGCGUCGAGUGGUCAGGAGAUGACUGAGAAGAAGCGGGACUAUGAUGUUCUGUUUGAAAUCAUUCUCGAGCAGAACCCGAUGCUAGCAUCAGCAAUACAGGCUCGACAUCCAGGGAUCGGGAGAUAACUGAGCAAGACCAAGCUACGGCAGCAG